UUUAGUAGUUAAGGCCUGAAAGUGUUUAAGCAUUUAGUUGUCCAAAAUGAUGAAUGCUUUCAUAACCUGCCUUGCUGCUUGUCUGUUGCGUGAGGUGUGCAGUACACCGACAUCUGUCUUGGUGCUAUCAUAUGCCUUCAUGUAGUGAUGUCGUUUGGCCCAUAAUCACAGAAAAAGACUGCAAUGGCACUCAACAGUCUCCAAUAGACAUUGUAACCGCCAAUGUGCAGGCUAAUACUAAUCUGACCGCUUUUACCUUCACUGGCUACAGUGACGGUGUAAACUUUGAGAUUAAAAACACUGGCAGGACAAUUAAAGUUACAUUUGAUGACCAGAAAAUGCAUGUGGAAGGAGGUGAUCUGCCAGGCUUGUUUGCCAGCACGCAGUUUCAUCUUCACUGGGGUAAUGGCAGCGCCGCACCUGGAUCUGAACAUAGUGCGAAUGGCAAACGAUACCCCAUGGAGUUGCAUAUCGUGAAUCAGGCUAAACAUAAUGGCAGUGCUUCAGUAUUUGCAGUUCUUGGGAUCUUCAUUGAGGCCUCUAAUGACACUGGGAAACCAGAGAGCUGGAAGACCUUAACGUCUUAUCUAGCAAAAAUUGCGAAUGCAGGUGAUAAAACGCACGUUUCUGACAAGCUCACCAUGGAUGAUCUGCUUCCUGGAGUGGACAGGACUAAGUAUUACCGUUAUCUUGGCUCUUUGACUAUACCAAAUUGCAAUGGUGUGAUUUGGACCAUCUUUAAAGACCCCAUUAAAGUCAGCCAAAAUUUGAUUGACCUCUUCACUACGACUGUCUUCACCACGACCACAAACUCUCCCCUAAUGACCAACACAUUCAGGGGUGUUCAGCCCAUCAAUGGCAGGAUUGUGAUGUCACAGAGAGAAGAGCAACUCUUCCAUAAACUUCUGAUGCUGACCCAGAGGAUGUAGUGAUAGCACCAGAGAUCCACUGCCCUCAUCAGACAAGAAUCUUAUUGUGUUCAGACACAUCACCUUUGAAUGACUGGGAUCUUGAUCUUCAGACACCUGAUAUUAUGCAAAUAUUUUUACUACUUUGGAGCUCUAGAUAAAACAAACACUGUUCACAAGUACACAAGAGGUUGCACUUUAUUCUUAUUAGUCUAUGCUGAUCUUGAAUUGGCAUACCAACAGCAUGUGAUUGUUAAGGGGAUAGUUCAAAAAUAAAAAUUAAAUAUAUUUUUAAUUUUACUCACCCUCAUGCUGUCUCAAAUCAUUUACUGUACUUUCUUUCUACUGGACAGGUAAACACAAGUUAAGAUUUUUAGGCAAAUAAUUAAUCUCUGUGAGUCCUAAAGAUGCUUUAAAAACCACACACAGCGACCGUGACCGUAAUCCAUCUGACCUUAGUUUUUAAAUCAGUAUCUUUUGAAAUGAAACAACAGAUAAGAAAAACACUAAUAAUAUAAACUUUUGACUAUUAAUAAUCGCUUCCACUCAACUGUCAAAUGUGCAUGGGUUACAGUUCACUUGUGUUAUGUGAAUUCUCAGAGAUGGAUUAUUUUCUUAAAAAUCUUUGUGUCAAGAAAGAAAGUUAUAUACAUCUGGAAUAGCAUGAAGGUGAGUAAAUGAAAUAAUUUUCUUUUUUUGGCGUGGACUAUCCCUUUAAAGACUGAUAUUGCACUCCAGUACAUUACAUACUCAUUCACUGUUUUGUAACUUAUACUGUAACAGGAACUGUUGAAAGGAUCAUUGCAGUGUUUAAAACAUAUGAAUUUUAAACAUUCUGUAUGUUAUGUUCUUGUGCAUUUUGUGUGGUAAUGUAAAUUAUAAUAAUACUGUGCAUUAUGUAUAUAUGCAGUUAGUGUUUUGUGGAUUCUGGUCUUUCCUGUCACAACAUAAUUGCAUCCAAGACUUUCACUUUGAUACUUGUGUAUAUGCUAUAGUGACAAUGAAGAAUGUCAAUUUAUUUGAAUUAAUUCAUAUUUUCAUUUACAUUCAUUCAACUGGUUUAUAAAAGUCACACUUGAAAGAGUUGAUGAUUGUUAAAAAUGUAUUUCCAAUUUUAAAUGUUAGAUGAUGUUAACUAAAUAAAAUAACUAAACAAAAUGAUCAGCAUGAUAAAAACAAUA